UGUGCAGCUAUACUGGUCACACUGUUCUGUCCCUCUCUUUCCACGUGCGUUUUAAUCCAAUCAAACACGCGUUGCUCCAUCUGUACUUGACAUUGUUCAAUUUGUGUCACCAACAUUCGACAGACUGCUAAAAAUGGCCCAAAAGAAAGACAUAGCCGCGAAAGGCAAGAAGGCCGCCAACGGAGUGGAGAAGCAGGUGGUCAAGCGUGGGGCGAAGGCGACGAAGGUCCAGGAGGAGGAGAAGAUUGUGGUCACUCAGUCGCCUGCUAAGAAGUCCAGGAAGCAGCCGGUGAAGGAAGAGUCGCAGUCCAGCGAGGAGGAGUCCGGGGCCGAGGAGCUGAGUGGCGACCAAGCUGAGGACGACAGCGAAUCCGAGGCAGAAAAUUUGAUUAACGACGAGGCUUUGGAAGAUGAGGACGAUAGCGACGAAGAGGAGGUUGAUGACGAUGAUGUGGAGCCCGGGGAGGUUUCCAAAAGCGAAGCCGCGGAGGAGGAUGAAGAAUCUGACGAUGAUGACGAGGAACCAGUGGCCAAGAAGGUCAAGGAAACUAAAACAGCAGGAAAAUCUACUUCUGAAGAAACAGAAGAAAAGGGCGGUAUUCCGAAAGUAGCAGCUGGCAAAAUUCCCCAAGGAACGCCUGUUAAUCAGACCAUCUACGCCUCGAAGUUACCAAAAGAAUACAAACACAAAGAUGUGGUCGCCCUUUUUGCCAAGUUCGGAACUAUCUCCGCACUGCAUCAUAUGAAGACUAAGUUCGGCGGCCACUCGGCCAUCAUUGCCUUUGACUCGCCAGCUGGCGCCGAAGCCGCUCUGCAGGCCAAGCCGAAGGCGCUUACCCUUGGGGACAAUGUUUUAGUUGUAAGCCAAGCAAGAAACAAGGAAUCUUUAAAUGAGCGCACGUUGAUUGUUGGCCUGAUUGGACCCAAAAUCACCAAGGAGGACGUAAAGGAAUAUUUUGAGAAGGUUGCUCCCGUGGAGUCGGUCUCCUUCUCCGGAAACCGUAACCCCCACGCCUUUGUUCUUUUGGCGUCAGUUGAUGACGUUCCCAAGGCCCUUAAACUGCACAGCACCGAGCUUUUCAAUCGCUUUAUUACGGUGCGAGAGUACUCGCCGAAGGUUAAAACGACGAGGAGCCCUGAAAAUACUUUGGUCGUCGAAAAUGUGGGCAAAUAUGAGUCUUUCAGCGCCAAUGUCCUAGAGAAGCUAUUCAAAAAGUUCGGCGAACUAGAUUAUGUGGACGUGGUGUGCGGCACGUCGGUUUUAGCCUUUGUCACGUUCAAGCAGUCGGAUGCAGCCACAAAGGCUCUGACCGAACUCCAAGGAAAGAUUGUUAACAAUGUGGAGCUGAAGCUUAAGCACUUCCAACUCAGUAACACGGCGAGGUCAAUUUUGGUGACGAACUUGACUUCAGAUACUACCGAAGAAGACUUGAGGGGUGUGUUUAACGAGAGCGGCGAAAUCGAGAGAAUCACUUUGCUGCCUCACAAGGCUUUUGUGAAGUUCACAGACGAUGACGGUUUCUGCAAGUCUUUUUUGGCCAACGAAACCAUCGUAAACAACCAACCCAUUUUCAUAGAACCUAACUCGAAGCUGAAACACAGAUUAAUACAAAGUCGUGCCGGUAACCGAUCCGCAAGCAAAUUCCCGAAGAACAAUAACUUCGGCAAGAAGCCCUUUAACAAACGUCCGGCACAGGAAAAUGUUGGCAACCCCUUUGUAAAGAGGGCAAAGUUCUAAAGCUUGGAAACCUAAAAUGGUUUAGUCUUAAGUUGUGCAGUACCAUAAAUACGGCCACAAUCCCUUUCAUUGCUGCCUGAUUAAAUGGAUAUAGUCGAUAAGAAAUACCUGUACAAGUUGUACUGGUCUAUAAUAGCUGUAUUUCAAACCAAUGUUGGCUUGUAUAAGAAACGAUUAUAAAACUAAAUAAAAGAGCACAUAAAAUUUAACAGCGUUUAAUUUUUUACGCAACAUUUUA